AUGUCAAAGAGAAAGAUCGUUGACGAAGAGGACGAGAAACCAGUCCAACAACCGCGUCAACGACAAAGUAAAACUCCUUCAACUGGUCGGUUUGGCGGAGUCACUUUCGGCCAAAAUGAUUCGUCGUCGGAUGAAGAAGAUGAAGGUGAAGGAGAUUACGACACUCCUAAUAACAACAAUAAUAAUGAUCUAGCUUCAGACGAUGAUGAUGAACAGGAUGAUGAAGAAGAAUUCUUUGAAGUCCCUGUUGAGCCUCAAGGUGGAAUUUCACUAUCAAAUAUGCAGCCAUUCGAGAUCCAAAUCCCAAAGUCUACUCAGCUCGAUUGGAAGGCUACCAAACAGAAGGAGAAGGAAGACAAGUAUCGUAAACAAAGAGAGCAACAACUCAGAAAGGAUGAAGCUGAUCUGCUCAAAUCUAUACACUGCGUGCACUUGCUAUGUUUGGUCGCUGUAGGCAUGGAGCGUAAUACUUGGUGCAAUGAUUUGGAACUUCAAGCCCUUAUGAUAGGCUUGAUACCUUCCAAUCUCUCAGCUGCCUUCAUGGCAAAUACUAUUCAAUUAGGAUCCAAUAAAGGCAAAGGAAAGGCUUCAGACUCAUCGCCACAGCUCAUGACCCAUUUACGGAUGCUACUUCCCUUCUUCACUUCUCGAUUUACAGUAAAUCCUAAUCUGGAUUCGGAAGAAUCUCGUGGAGUCCCAUACUUGAUCGCCACUAUAAAUUCCAUGUUAGAAGCUUCAGGCCCACAACGUAUAAAUCAGGUACCAUUGUCUAGAGAAUCCAUAUGUAUAUUAUUCGUCACCGUGUGUCGAGCUCUUGGAUUGCGUACGAGGUUGGUUGCCUCAUUGCAUCCAGCUCCUUUAGUAGCCAAAAAGGCCCCACUACCUCGUAAACCUUCUGCAAAGACAAAGCAUUCAUCAAAGGAUACUACUGCAGAUUAUAACGUGGAGCAUGAUGAUGAUGAUACGGGUGGUGACAAAAAAAAGACGAAAUUGAAUAAAAAGGCCAAGACAGAAACACUCACCAAACGUAAAAAGGCCAGUGAAAUUAAUAUUGCUGCUGCCCGUACGACAUCGGGUGACGAUUCAGAACCUUCCCCGCCGAAAAAGAAGUCGAAACAGACAAUUGUAAAAAAGAUCGCUGCUACUAUUAGAGAAAAGACCUCAUCAUCAGCCAAACAAGAACCUCAACCAAAACAGACAGACUCUGCAGCAUUGGACGACGACUCGGAUUUUGAAGAUACCGAUCCACCAACAUCCUCAUCCAAAUCCAUACCAACUCCAUCUAAAUCUAAAUCCAAGACCAGUAGUAAUAGUAAGAACAGUAAAGUCGUUGAAGUCUCGGACGAUGAGUCUGAGCUUGACGAGGGACCUCCUCGUAAGAAGGCUGUCGCCAAAAUAGAACCUCUCGCCAAGAAAAAGACAAUCCAGAGAAGAGAAGAGGAAGUUGCCACUGCUUCUGAUUCAGACUGUAUGAUUAUAGAUGUCAAAGGAUUCCCAGCUAGUACAGUAUCAACUAAAUCAGCUAUCAAAGGAAGGAGUAAAUCAGACUUGGAUGAAUUGGGACCCAAUUUCCUUCCAAUUCAGUAUAUGGCUGAAGUCUUCAAUCCUCAUGAUAACGAAUGGAUUACUCUAAAUCCAUUGACUGGUAAAAUGAAUGAGCCAUUAGAAUGGGUAAAUGCGGUUGGAUUUUCCAAAAAUCGUCAGGCGCAAGUUCAAUACGUGGUUGCUUUUGAUGACGCCUUUGGAAUUCGGUGUGUGACUCGAAGAUAUACGUCACUAUACUUGGGCAAGACCAGUAAACUACGAUAUAAAGAAUCUGGUCAAGAUUAUCUAGAAGAGACACUUAAAAGUUUUGCUCGAGAAUGGGACCAGACUGGUGUGGUUGAAUCUGCAAAGUUGAAUGCUGCAGCUGUGCAAGAACCCAUGCCUACUACUUUGUCUGCCUUCAACAACCAUCCGCUGUAUGCUCUGGAGAAACAUCUCAAGAGCGCUGAAGUCAUUCAUCCUAUCGGCAAGAAGCAUGCAAUAGGAACAUUCAGGAAUAUGCUUGUGUAUCCGAGGAAGAAUGUGCUGCAGUGUAAAUCACCAGAGCAAUGGAAACGUGAUGGACGAGAUGUCAGAGAAGGCGAGAAGCCUAUGAAACUUAUCAAAGCUCGGGCCGUCACCAUCAGAAAGAAACGGGAGAUUGAGCAAUACAAGGAAGCUAAAGCUCAAGCUGAAGAACGUGGCGAUGAUGUUGAAUCCAUUGCUGGUGUGGAUGUCAGUCAGACACCUUUAUACGCUGAGAUGCAAACUGACUGGAUUACUCAUCCUCCCAUCGUUGAUGGCAAGAUUCCCAAGAAUAGUUUUGGCAAUUUUGAGUUUUUCAAUCGGCGUAUGCUUCCACCGGGUGCUGUGUAUUUGCCAUUCAAAGGACUGAGCAAAACUGCUAAAAAGCUCGGAAUCGAUUAUGCUAAUGCAGUCACUGGAUUUGAAUUUAAGGCUGGUCGAUCUUUCCCACGAGUAGAAGGUGUCAUUGUUGCCAAAGAAUCGGCUGCUGUCUUGAUUGAGGCUGCUGAUCAGGAACAAAAGAUUGACUAUGAAAAGAAAGCGGAGAAGCGAUCCAAAAAAGCAAUCAAUAACUGGAAGAAACUCGUAAGAGCUCUAUUCAUUCGUCAAAGAGUUCAGACUGAGUUUGGAGAUGGUCAUGAUGCUGUAGACCAAGGGGAGGAUGUUUUCGGUGGUGCUGCCGAUGAAGGAGAAACAAUUGAAUUGAGAAACAACAUUGCUGGAGGCUUUUUGAGGGAGGCUGAUGAUGAAAAUAUAAUGUUGGAGGAAGCUCUUGGUGCUGGUGGAAAUGACGAAGAUGAAGAGAUGGAGUGGUAG